AUGCAUUCUGGUUCCCUGCCCAAUAUUUUCCCGCCGGAGGAUGAGGCUAUGGAGAGGAUGCACGUUGAUCAGGAAGAUCCGGAGGCCUGGCUGCUCGUUUCACAAGUUAUGAGAAAAAAUAACGAUCUUACGACGCUGGUGACCCAGUUAAAACAACGCGUUCAGUGCCUAGCCCAAUCAGAGGCAGAACUGAUGAAGAAGUUAUCGGAAAGCAUUGACACGGCUGAGUUGGCCAAAGUGGAAAAAACGAAGGCUGAAAUGACAUGUCAACAACUCUACCUUGAACUUGAUGCCUCGAGAGUGCGCUUUGAAGAGGCUUUGCAGGGCCACGCAGACGACCAACAAAGGAAACUCGUUGAGAUGCUCAACCACACGGACACCCGACUAGAAUCAGUACGUGCCACCCUCAUGUUGUCUGAGGGUAAGACGGCUGAGGCUCUAGCCAGGUCAGAGCAGGCCAAAACGGAGGCGGAGGAGCUUCGGGGUAAACUAGAUGCGGCGCAGCGCGAGAUUGACAAGCUACGCGAGGCUCAGCGGGUUUCCUCUGAAAAGACCCAGGCUAAGGUUGCUGGCCUUAAAAUAAAAGCGUUAGUCAGUUCUCCUGUCUGCUAA